AUGACCAUACUAGCCAUUCUCGUCACCAAUCUCCCACCACGAUGGUUUGAUCUCAAUACCCACUGUGCAUACCACGCAAACUCUUCGGGCCACUCCAUUGACCAAUGCUGGGCUUUCAAAUGUAAAGUUCAAUCAUUGAAGGAUGCAGGGUGGUUGGCCUUUGAUGACAAGCCAACGGGCAUUCAGGGAAACCUUUUACCCAAUCAUGAGGGAGACGAGAUUGGUAUGGUCGGGGUAGAACUCAAAAAGGCACAAGAAGCCAACCUAGAUAGUUUGGCUUUGGAUUGGGUAUACCAGGAGCUCAGGAAGGAGGGCCUAAUAGAAUCAGAGGCCACCCGUCCCAAAGGAGCACGGUGCGAAUGCCAAAGUUCUUUGAGAAAGACUGUUCAGGGCUGCAAAACCUUUAAGAUGAUCCUAUGCAAAAUGUUGGAUGACAAGUCCAUAGAAGUCGGCUCGAUUCAAAAGGAUGGGGAAGUUUUGACUCUCGGAGAUAAAGAACAAGAACAUCCCCCAUGCCCACACCAACCUUUCAUACCCUUGGCCAAAAAGUCCAGCUAUGUCCACAAGACCCCAACCUGUUUGGUUAUCUCAGUACCUCGACCGUUCCGUUAUCAGAAUGACAAGGCGGUGCCAUGGAAGUACAAUUGCCAAGCCCGAGGCAUGGAAGAUACAGGCAAUAUCGCAGGUGUAACCCGUAAUGAUAGAGUAUAUGCACCAGCUCAGUCUGGAAAGCUGGAUACAAAACAAAUUGAUGAAUCAAGUAGAAGCACUAAAAGGCCAGUUCAACCGCAGGAGGUUGAAGAAUUUCUGAAGUUUAUCAAACAUAGCGAAUAUAGUGUGGUUGACCAAUUAAAAAACAUGCCAGCACAUAUAUCUAUCUUGUCUCUGCUUUUAAACUUAGAGGUUCAUAGAGAAGCACUGCUGAAACUGCUUAAUCAGGCGUAUAUACCUCAAGACAUUAGUGUAGAAAAAUUCAGCCAUGUAAUCGGAGGCUUGUCUGCGACCAACUACAUUACCUUCAGUGAUGAAGAAAUCUCAUUGGAAGGAAGAGGGCAUAACCAGGCACUGCACAUAUCGGUCAAAUGCAAGGACCAUAUGAUAGCUAGGGUGUUAGUCGAUAACGGGUCAUCCCUCAAUGUUUUUCCAAUGACCACUCUUCAGAAAUUGCCGGUAGACCCUUCGUAUGUCAAGCAGAACAAUUUGGCAGUGAGGGCUUUCGACGAAACCCGUAAGGAGUCUGUAGGGGCAAUUGAAAUUCCCAUACUGAUUGAGCCAGUCAUCUUCAACGUCACAUUUCAGGUAAUGGACAUCACACCUUCCUACAACUGCUUAUUGGGAAGGCCAUGGAUCCAUAACACUGGGGCGGUCGCAUCUUCCCUACACCAGAGGCUAAAGUUUGUAGUAGGGAACCAGUUGGUCUAUGUAUAUGGUGAAACCAACGUUAUGAUAACAAAGCCCACUUCCACUUCUUACGUGGAAGCUGCGGAAGAGGCAUUGGAGGACUCGUUCCGAGCCUUCGAGAUCAUAAAUGUCACAACUAUAGCAGAAGGAUCUCCAAUCCCAUGCCCUCAGAUCUCCGCCGCAGUGCAUAUGAUGGCGUCCGAAAUGAUCAGACAUGGGUACCAUCUAGAAAAAGGGCUCAAAAAAUACCUACAAGGGAUCCGAAAGCCAUUAAUGCUUAAGGAAGUGAAAGACAGAUAUAGCCUUGGCUACAUACCUACGGCGGCAGACCGAAGGAAGAAAGCUGAGGAGAAGAAAAUGCGGAGGGUGGAAAGAAUCACCAAUGAAACAAGCUCCAAGGAAGGACUUUACGUCCCGUCCAUCAGCCAGACCUUCGUAAAAAACAGUCAAUCCAACCUGGAGGCAAAAUUGCGGCAACUGAGUAUAUCAGUAUUGGAUGCUGAAGUCCCCUCAAGCACUUCUGCAAAGUGGAUCCGCCAUCUCCAACCAGGAGUACAACUUCAGAACUGA